AAUGGGGUAAAAUAGAGAGAAGAAUGGCAGAAGAACUCCAUAUUGAAGAGCUUGUAAAUAGGAUUUAUUCUUCGGAAAAUGCAAGUAAUCUAAAAUUGAUAGAUGAAACGCAUAGAAUACUUGAAAAGCUUCAGGGAUCAGAGAGAUCACUUGAAUAUGCUAAUAAAUGUAUGCAAAGUUCGAAUUUGAAUGUGCAGUUUUUCGGGGCUUUGACAUUUUAUGUAAAAAUAAAUUUGUAUUGGAGUAGUUUGAAAGAACAUGAAGUGGUUUCUUUACUAUAUAAUCUUUUGAAUUGGGUAAAAAUCUAUAUUAAUGGACCUUCUAUUGUUAUUAAGAAAUUAAUAUCAUCGUUGUCAAUUUUUGCUUUAAAAACAGUUCCUAUGCUUUGGAAUCGACCUAUUUAUUGUAUAAUGAUGUUGUUGAAAUCUGAUGAAAAAAUUGAGCUUGCUAAUAUAAUUGCUACCUCAGAUAUUAAUCAAAUGUUUUCACUUAAUUGUAAGCAGAAAAGGGUAUUAGUAUUAUUUUUAUUAUUUUUUCUGGAGGAGAUAGAGAAAUCAGAUAUUGUUCCGUCAAGGAGGCUUCAAUUAUAUCAAUCUAUUCAAGACUCUUCUAAAGAUAUCGGUUUGUUAUUAAAACAUUGCUUUGAAAUUUCAAGAAAUAAUAAUGAGAGUAUUGAGUUAAUUUGUGAUGCCAUACGUUGUUUUCAGGUUUGUGUGUUUUAUAGUUGGGAUUCUAAUUUUACACUACAAAGUAUUUUAUUUGCUUCAAAUGAUAUUUUCGAGUCUGUCAUAUCCUGUUUAUUGUAUAAAGAAACAUUUUUGGUGGCAGCAGAAACUUUAGAUGAAAUUAUUAAUCAUUCUCCAAAGUUAUUGUCGGGAAAAUUAAUGAAUAGAAUUCAAGAAAUAGUAUGGGAUUAUUGGAAAAAUAUAAAUUUUAUGAAAAACUUUGACGAAAACGAUGGAUUUGAUCAAUAUGUUAUUAUGCUUUCGCGUUUAAUUAUUAGUUUAUGUGAAGCCAAUAUUGAGUCUAUUUUUUAUCACUUGGAUAAUGAAAACUCGAAAAUAUUUAUUGAAAUAAUGCUUAGUCUCUUGGGGCUUCCCGUUUUUGCUGUAUUUCAGGAAGAUAUUAGUAUUUUAACUUUAGAAUUUUUUACUUUAUUCAUAGAAAUGUUUAUUGAUCCUUCGCAUCAGGAGAAAAUAACUAGGGAUAUUAUUAUCUACGGGAAAGAUAUAGCAGAAAAAGUACUUGAAAAUUGUUUAAUUAAGUUGAAAUGGCCUCCUUCAAAUUUAUUAAAAGAUUGGCCCAAGGAUAUUUGUGAUAAAUUUGUAGUUUAUAGGAAAGAUAUUGGUGAUUUAUUGGAAACCAUAUUCUCGUUUUUGCAGGCAAGAUUGAUUGAGAAAUUGGCAGAUCUUUUAGAACAAUCUUUAAUUGAACCCUUAAAUUGGGAAGAUAUAGAGGCAAUUAUCUUUUCUCUGACCUAUAUUUCAGAAAUUUACCCAGAAGAACAGUCAGAAUCUGAUAAAUAUAUGUUAAGAAUUUUCGAUAGCUCUUUUUUUUCCGUAUUAUCUCUAUCAUCACAAACUUUAGUCAAACAUACUGCUUUGAAAUUUUCAGGCUCUUAUGGAACUUUUAUAAAAAGAUAUCCUUCAGUUAUUCCUUGUGUUUUGACUUUUUUAUUUAAUUCUCUUGAGGAUAUAGAACUUUCAUAUAUUUCCUCCAAAUCUAUAUAUAAAAUAUUUUCUGAUUGUCGAUCUUUAAUCACUAAAGAACUUUCUACUUUCUUAUAUGUUUUUAAAACAAUGUCUGAUACUUUAACUUUUUCGUUUGAUGUAAAACAGAAAAUUUUUGCAGCGAUAUCAUGUGUUAUUCAAUCAUUGCCUGAUAAUGAGCAGAUAGUGCCACUGGAUAUUUUGAUUCAAAAGAUUAUCGAAGAUCUUAAAUUAGCCCAAUCUCUUAAAUUCAAGGAUUUCGAUAAAUCGACACAUUUAGCAUUGUCUUGUGCUAACUGUUUAGUUUCUAUUGGAAAAUCAAUGACUUCACCUCAUUUAGUAGACACUGAUAAUUCUAAUAAACAUAUUAGCAAUUCGGCUGAUUUGAUAAAUAAAAUUAUCCUACAACAACGUUUAAUGGAGAUAUUUAUUAUUAUAGAAGAAAUAUGCAAUUGUAGUGAAGAUGCUAUUCAGUCUAUAUGUGAUGUACUUAAAUCUGGAUUCCUUGAAUAUUUUUUCGGUUCCUUUUUAAAUAUUGAAAUAAUUAUUUGUUACUUAUUUGAAAGAUUUAAGCUAUAUGGAUAUUCUUGUUUAAUAUCAUCUGCUUCUUAUUUAGUAGCACAUAAGAAAUCCUAUAAUAUUGCAGAUAAUGCAGAUAUAUUGAAAUCUACAUUAUAUGAAUUUGUAUCAUUAUUUAUAUUGUUUUUGAAGAAAAAUGAAAUUAGUAAUGCUCCAGAUGUAUUGCACGAGUUUUUUGAUUUUUUAAAGAUAUACAUAUAUCAUAAUAUUGAUAUUUUUAUAAAUAUACAACCUUCUGGUAUUUUUGAUAGUUUAAUGACGCUUAUUAUUAAUUCUUUGUCUUCUGAAGAUAAUUUAAUUCAAAAAGAUGCAAUAAACUUCUUGAUUGAUUUUAUUGUAUUUUGUCCAAAUAACGAGGAAGAACAUAAUCUUAUCUUAAAUGUAAUAUUGCGUUAUGGGAUUUUUAUAGUACGAGAAGUUGUAAUAAAUAUUGGUGGAAAAUCUUCAAAAAAUUUUUUGGUUUAUUUUUCAGAUUUAUUGUAUAAAUUAUCUUUAAAAAUCCCUCGGAAUACUAGAGAUUGGUUCUUAGAAGUAAUAAAUGAAGAAGGAUUUCCUUCUUUUAAUUUAAAUAAAGCUUACAUGAUUGAUUUCAUUAAUCGAUUUUUAAGAAUUAGAUCUUCUCAAAAAGCCAAAGAGUUAAUUAAAGAAUUUUGGUUGAGAGCACAGAAUAUGGAAAGUGCUUAA